AAAAAUCAUGUAAAGCUAUGAGCUUUGUAAAACCCUUGAUUUUUCAAGCGCGUUUGAAGUUGUUCCUCCGCAACGCAUCUAACUCCCUCCUUCGAGAACCCUAGAUUUAUCUUUUGCUGUUCGAUUAUUCAAAUGGGUAAAUCAAGGAAGAAACCCGAUUCCGAAGUUGAUUUGGAUCCCGUGGUUGUAGCUUCACCCUCCACUCCAAUAGAAAAUGAGAAGAUUGCCAUGAAGCAAGUUGUGAGUAGCAAGAAACAGAAGCUUGACAAUGGUGACAAGGGGCAGACUGUUGAAAAAAAGAAUUUUGGAAUGGAGGGAGAGGAGAACACUAAGGAAGAACAACACAAUUCUUCAGAAAAGAAAAAGGUUGAAGUGUCUGUGUCUCUAACAAUAAACUCAGCAGAAACUACAGAAGAUGCAAAGAGAGCUAGAGUCUCUAUUAAGUAUGAGGAAGAAGACAGGGAUGAUAAUUCCAAGGAGGAUCACCAAACCCCUACAAGAAGUGUUGAGGUGCAUGUAGCUAUUAACUCAGCAGAAACUACACAAGAUGCAAACAGAACUAGCAUCUCUAAUGAGGAUGGAGAUGAUAACUCCAAGGAGGAUCAUCAUCAUCAUCAUCAUCAUCAUCUAGAAACCCCAACGAAAAGUGUUGAGGUGCCUCCUGCUAUAGAGUCUACACCAACUACACCAGUUGCAAAGAGAGCUAGAAUCUCUAAUGAUCAUGAGGAAGAAGACAAAGAUGAUAAUUCCAAGGAGGAUCAACCACAAUUAGAAACCCCAAAGAAAAGUGUUAAGGUGCCUCAAAAUAUAAACUCAGUAGAAACUACACCAGAUGCAAAGAGAGGUAGCAUCUCUAAUAAGUAUGAGGAAGAUGGAGAUGAUAAUUCUAAGGAGGAUCAACUGCAAUUAGAAUCCCCAAAGAAAAAUGAUAUUGAUGUUGAAAUGUUUGAUGCUUCAUCAUCUAAGAAAACGGCUCAAACUUCAUUAAGUUCUCAAACCCCAGGAUCGAAAAUUGUGCUCAUGGACAACUUGAGUUUCUCAAUUCAAGCAAAAGAUGUGAAAAAUUUCUUCAAAAAUGGUGGUGAAAUUGUUGAAAUCCACUUUGAUAUGAAAGAGGACUAUUUUACGGGUCAUGGGCAUGUUGAAUUCACCACUACUGAAGCAGCUAAAGAGGCUCUGAAACUUAACAACACAUCAUUAUUAGAUAAGCCAGUGAAGCUUGAUUUGGCAACAGAAAGGGGCGAAUGUGAUCACCAGACAACAACUUCUCAUGUCACAGGAUGCAAAACUUUAUUUCUUGGCAAUUUAAGUUUUUCAAUCGAAGAAGACGAUGUGAGGGAAUUCUUCAAAGAUGUUGGAGAAAUUGCGGGAAUCCGCUUUGCCAUUAGGAAUGAUCGAUUCAUGGGCUAUGGGUAUGUUGAGUUCACCACUGCAGAAGCUGCUCAAGAGGCUCUUAAACUAAAUAACAAAGUGAUAUUAGACCGAAAAGUGAAACUUGAUUUGGCAAGGGAACGAGGUGCAUCCACUUCGGGUAGCAGCUUUGAGAAAUCUAACCAAAGUGGAGGACAUGCUCAAGGAAGAACUUUAUAUGUUCGGGGAUUUGAUUAUAGUCAUGGUUUUGACAAUAUUAGGAGUACACUUGAAAAGCAUUUUGGGAAAUGUGGAGAGAUCUCACGUAUCUCCAUACCCAAAGAGUAUGAGUCAGGGGCUCCUAGAGGGGUUGCUUUUAUCGACUUUGUAGAGAGUAAUGCAUUCAGUCAAGCUCUCAGACUCGAUAAAUCUGAGAUUGGAGGCUUCAAGAUAAUUGUUGAGGAAGCCAAAAAAAGUAGAGGUGAUGUUCGUGAAGGAUCUGGAUAUGGCGGUGCCCGUGGUGGCUCCGGUGGUGGAGGAAAUGACUAUGGUGGUGGUUCUGGUAGACCAGGUGGUGGCUGGCGUAGAGAAAGUGGUUCCGGUGAUGGUUCUGUUAGAGUCAGUGGUGGAUGGCAUAGAGAAAGUGGCUCCGGUGGUGGAGGAAGUGACUAUGGUGGUGGUUCUGGCAGAGCAAGUGGUGGCUGGCGUAGAGAAGGUGGCUAUGGUGGUGGUGGUUCUGGUAGAGCAAGUGGUGGCUGGCACAGAGAAGGUGGCUGGCAUGGAGAAGGUGGCUAUAGGGGUAUUUUAGGAAGAGGAAGUGGUUAUGGUGGUGGUGGUGGUGGGUUUAGUAGCAGCAGCCGUGUGGGGAUGUUUAGUGGCGGUAGCAGAGGUGGAGGUAGCCGGAGAUGAAAUGGGAUAUUGCAGCAACACCUUACUUGACAAUGUAAAAUUAUUAUUAUUAUUAUUAUUAUUAUUAUUUUUUAUGUAUGUCUAGUAGGUGUAAAGAGUCUUCAAGGUCGAGAUCCCUUAGAUUUGUAUCGUAUUAACUUCUUGUUUUUUUAAUAGACUUGAUGUUAAAAAAGAACAACAAUUUAAGCACCAAAUUUACUACAAA